AUGACCAAUCGGGAGGCGCUGCCCUUUGGAGACAAACCAUUUUACUUGUAGUGACUGCAUCAAGUCUGCAAGCGAGGGCUCAAUUUUAACAGAAUCCACCUUAAAAUCUCUCCCUUAACUUAUGCCUACCUUCCGCCACUUUGAGUGAGAAUACCGCAGGACAAGAGAGGUGGGGGGAACAAAGACGGCAUCGGGAAAUUUAGGGUGUUAAUAGGAGAAAGGGGGGAGGAAGAGACAACAGCACAGCGAGAGAGCGAAAAACCGAUUUGGUCUUGAGAGAGGAGGGGGUGGGGGGUGAGUGCUCUCAAGGCAGAAAAUUCGAUGAUGACCAUGACAACGAUGGCUGACGGUCUGGAGGCUCAGGACUCGUCCAAGUCUGCGUUCAUGGAGUUUGGGCAGCAGUCGCACUCGCAGCAGAGCUCCCCGUCGAUGGCCGGCGGCCACUACCCACUGCACUGCCUCCACUCCGGCUCGCACGCUCACCACCAGCACGACAGCACCGCGUACCCCGGGACCAACACCUACAACAGAUCGUUACCUUACCCUUACGUGAACCAUCCGCACCACAGCCCGUACCUACCGUCCUAUCACAACAACGCGGGAGGACAGACGCGGUUAGACGGCACAGAGCAGCAGAAGACGACAGUGAUUGAAAACGGGGAGAUUCGGUUUAACGGGAAGGGCAAGAAGAUACGCAAGCCGAGGACGAUCUAUUCUAGUUUGCAGCUCCAAGCGCUGAACCACCGUUUCCAGCAAACCCAGUACCUCGCUUUACCCGAGCGCGCCGAGCUGGCGGCCUCUCUGGGACUGACGCAAACGCAGGUAAAGAUCUGGUUCCAAAACAAGAGGUCGAAGUUCAAGAAGCUGCUGAAGCAAGGCAGCAACCCGCACGAGAGCGACCCCAUCCCGGGCUCAAUGUCCCUAUCCCCGCGCUCACCGACCAUCCCUCCGAUCUGGGAUGUCUCGGCCUCUUCCAAAGUAGUGAACAUGCCGGCCAACAGCUAUAUGCCCGGCUACUCUCACUGGUACUCGUCUCCACAUCAAGAUUCAAUGCAGAGAUAGACUGGCGAGGGCCAAACAGAGGGGUCAGUAAAGCUGUCUGCAUGGAGACCCUUUUCUGCGGGAUCUGCUUACCGUGCAGUACUUUAUUCGCAACGUAGCCUACAAUUUGGACGCUGGGGAAGAGCGAGAAGGUGCUGCUCCUUUGCUGGAGGAUUAAACCAGCCAAGCCUCGGUGCGGGGACAUAAAGAAGGGGACUUUUCAUUGUUUUCAAGCGUACAUGGCUGUUCAGUUGGCACGUUUUUGUCAUGCUUUCAUUCAUGUCUACAUCUGAAUAUACCAAAUAUUACCAGUGACAUUUUGGUGGCCACAUUGGAGGGAAAGACUGCUGACCAUAUACGUGCGCCAUUACGCACAGAAAACAUUUUUCUUUUGUUAUAACACCCCCUGACUGCAUUUUAUUUUUUAUUUUCCAACAUGCAAAACCAAGCAAAAUUGUCUGUAAAUAUAUUCUGCGACUUUAGUUGUACAUACACUUUUUAUGUUUUGUCAGAAUGAGUAAAACCGUGACUCAAAACAAGA